AUGUGCAUAUAUGCUCCUCCUAAUGAUGAAAUAAAGAAAACAAAAUUGCUAAAAAGAUUAGAAAACAAUUUCAACAAAGCCAUAUUACAAAAUAAAAAAGCUCUAAAGGAGUCAUUAAGUGCAAAUGCAAAGUGGAAAAUUAUUAGUAAAGCAAUCAAAAGAGCAGCAAAAAAGAUAUUGCCUAAGAAGAAAGUGCAAAAAACACUAAUAAAAGAAUUGCCAAAUCAUAAUUUACAAGUUGCGAGAAAAGAAGUUAGAAAGUUAAACAAGCUUUGCAGAAAGUGUAAGACUAAUUUAACAAAGCUAAUAAAAAAUACAAACCAAGAGAAAAUCGAAACAAAAAUGAAAAAGAUUGAAGAAUAUACUGAAGAAAAAGUCUAA